AUGUCAGAAGAAAAUGCCCCUGAAAAAGAGCAAGUCCUCCAAGAAAGCAAAUAGGAACAAGUGCAACAACCUUAAAUAGAAGAACAAAUUCAAUAGGAACAAUAAGUGAAAGAGGAUACCCAAAAAUAAGUUGAGAAUUAAGAAAACUAAGAAAAACAGGAAAUAGCUCCAGAAUAGAUUAAAUAAGAAUAAGAGGUCAAGGAAGUCAUACCAGAAAAAUAAGAAGCUUCUGAGACCUAAGAAUAAAUCGUUUAGAAAGAAGCCGAAUCGGAUAUUACUAAAAAUGAAAAAACCAAUGAAGAAAAUUAAGUUAAAGAGUAAGAGGAAAAAUAAUAAAUCGCUGAAAAAGGGGCAGAAACAACCACUUAAAAUUUAGAUAAUUUAUUCUUAAAAGCAGAUUAUAGUUUUCCUGUAUUUUUUCACAUUCUAUAUGUUAGAUCGAAAUAAAAGUCUGUGAUCCUGUUUAAAAAAGUGGAGGUAUUUCAAACUAUGUAGUUUACACGAUCAAAGGAAAAGAUUGCUUUGGAGAUUUUGAAACACAAAGAAGAUUUAAUGAAUUCUUCACAAUUAGAGAAUUACUCUUAGCCAAAUGGCCUGGAUAAUAUGUACCCCCUAUUCCUGAGAAAUCUGUCAGCACAGGAUCGGAGAUCAUAAUGGAAAGGACAAGAUUGCUUAAUAUUUUUUGUAUGAAGAUGAUGUAGAUUAAGCAUCUCUAUUAUUCAGAAGAAUUUUAUGAUAUCUUUUUAAGGUCAACAAAUCCCGAUAUAAACAAGGUAUUUUGAUAUGUACUAUCUCACAUAGCAAAUAUCUUAGAUACCCAAGUAAAAUGUAUUUGCUUACACAGAUCGAUAUAAGCAAGCAUUUUAAAUCAAUGAGAUUAAGGAAAUCUCACCUGAAAUGAUUAAGAAAAUGAGUGGAGUUUAAUCCUUCUUAAAAUUAUCCUAAACCACUUUGGUGAAAUAAUUGGAGCAAACCAGAACUUUAAGUUCUAGUCGAAAAUAAUUGAAGGAAACAUUUUUCACAAUCUUUGGACUCAAUAUAUCUGAAUAUGAGAAGUAGAUACUUCAAGAAUGGGUACCAUAAAAUAAAUUGAUAUUUGCUAAUCCUGCUAAUGCAGAUAUUUUAGAAUUAGCCAAAAAGAUUGUAUUUUAAAUAUCUAAAUAUAGAGAGAUCCAAAUAACAAUUCUCUUGACAAAAUUUAAGAUUUAAUCCUAAUAGAGUAAAGAGACAUUGAAGCAUUUUUAUAAGCUUUUUAAACUAGAGAUUCUUUGAUGUAAUCCAAGUAAAAGGCUGAGUAAAAGCUGAGUGAAGAAUAAUCAGAUUUAUACAAAAUUAUGAAAGGAAACUCAACAAUGAAGGGUUCUUUUAGUAAAUUAAGUCUUGAGGAAUAAAAAUAAAAAUUGGAAAUCUAAUUAAAUGAGGUAAUUUCUAUAUAUAUAUAUUAUUAAUCCUUAGACUCAAAAAGAAGUUGACUAAUAUAAGCUAUUAUUUUAAUUGGUUACAGACGUGUUGACAUCCUAUACUAUUGAUAAAUUUAAAAAAGACAAACAUUAGACUUACAAAUCUAUUCUGGCAGAUUUAGCUUAAUGCGAAUAGCAAUAUUUGGAAAUUCAAUAAUAAUUUUGGUCCAAAGUAUAAUAAGUGAUAACAUAAUGUUAAGAACCUUGA